CAUCACGAAAAUCUCACUGAAAUGUAUGGUGAAGCCUGGUCCGGCUCACUUCAACUGCCUUGAGACUUUACCUGCAGAGUGUUAUCAACAACGUCGAUUGUCAAUCCUGUGGAACUAUGGACAAGACCAUAUCUUUUUUCAACUGCGGUGUAGGAAAGUACUAAAACAACACGAUCCGUGGACGCAAUGAUUGCGUGGAAGAUCAAUACUUCCCUACUCGUGUUUUCUCGUAAAUCGUAACAGCAAUUACCUGCCUUACAGGAUA